AUGAUAAUAGCUCAACAACAGCCGGUGGUUUUGUUAGUUCACUUCUUUCAUGUAGAUGAGGAAAUGUUUUCAUUUACAGCUGUGUUAGGGAAGGAGUCUGGUAGUAUCAUGGCUCUUGCCCUUGAUUUGCAGGACUUCCUUCUCCGUGCUCGAGUGUUGAAGCUGUAUAGGCAAGCACUGAGGAUUACACGAAGAGCCCCUGUUGAUGCUAGAGGUUCUAUGUGCUCUUUUGAGAUUUUGAUGGAAACGCAGUUGAUGUUUACAGGUGAACUAAGAUCCACGAUUAGACAAGAACUGGAGAAUAACCGGCACUGCAACGACAGGCAAAGGAUUCGUUUUUUCCUUAGUGAAGGAUUGGAGAGAUUAAAACGUCUAGACGAGAUGCUUGACAUGCAAGGUCAUCCUGAAUAG